AUGCAAAGGGGAAGGGUUUUGGAAUGCCUGAGGCUGCCUGCAGGUUCAAUAGAGUUCAACACUCAACUCUUUGGUACUAAAUUGGAGGACUCAAGCUUGACAAGUGAGGAAUAUAAGGAGGCAGUUCUGGCAGCUAAAGAACACACUCUAGCUGGGGAUCUAUUUCAGACUGUAUUAAGCCAGCGUUUUGAGAGGCGAACAUUUGCAGACCCAUUUGAAAUUUACCGAGCAUUAAGGAUAGUUAAUCCAAGUCCGUAUAUGACUUAUUUACAGGCUAGAGGCUGUAUUCUUGUUGCUUCAAGUCCAGAAAUUCUGACACGUGUGAAGAAGCAAACGAUCACCAACCGGCCUCUUGCUGGGACUGUUAGAAGAGGAAAAACACCUAAAGAAGAUUUAUUGCUGGAAAAGCAGCUUUUGAAUGAUGAAAAGCAAUGUGCAGAGCAUAUUAUGCUUGUAGACUUGGGGAGGAAUGAUGUCGGGAAGGUCUCAAAACCUGGUUCUGUCAAGGUUGAGAAGCUCAUGAACAUUGAGCGUUAUUCCCAUGUCAUGCACAUAAGUUCAACAGUCACUGGAGAGUUACCUGAUGAUUUAACUAGCUGGGAUGUUCUGCGUACUGCGUUGCCAGUUGGGACUGUCAGUGGAGCACCAAAGGAGUACCUGUAA